AUGGCAAACGCAGCUAAAUAUAUAAUUGGUUUACUAGCCCUCUUUCUUCUAUUUUGUUGCGUACAAUCACGCACGCUAUAUCAACCCAAAAGAGCAGUUAAAAUCCUGGGCACAGAUGCGAAAAGUGAUAUAGUACAACAAGAACAUCUGAUCAUACAGAAUACUUCUGAAACAACGAUACAGGCAUCCCAAACAUUACGAUUAGUAUCAACAACAAUAACCGCAGAUAAACAUCAGCAGGCAGCAAUUGAUGAUCUCGUAACGGAAUUGGCUGCUGCUAAUACGAGCACAACCGAUGGAGUACUAUCAAACUCACCGAAUGUCACCAAAUUGAAGCGUGCAGCAUUUAAACACCAACCAAUAACAGUUGAAGAACCAAUUGAAAAGUCCGAAGAUAAAGCUGACGUUGAUGAUAACCAAGAUGGUGGCUAUAAUGAUAAUAAUAGCGAUGACGAUGAUAACCGACUUGAAGAAAGACGAUGA